UGGCAAACGAAGGUAAGGACUCUCGGAGAAGUGACGAAAACAAAGCCAAUUAAUGGGGAGAAAUGCAUAACUUAACGUGUGAUAACCGAGAGAAACCUGCCAUAGCUCCACCCGUGUUUGUGUUCCAGAAAGAUAAAGCACAGAAGAGAUCAGCUGAGGGUUCCAGCCCAGAAGGUGGAGAAGAUUCAGACAAGGAUGAUGGCAGUUACUGUCCCCCUGUGAAACGAGAGAGAGCGUCAUCUCUAACGCAGUUUCCCCCCUCACAUUCAGUAUCAAAGAACAAUGUGUUUAUGCCCUCGAGUUUCUGCCAGUCCCCAACAGGAAACUCUGACUCGGAACCUGAGGAGAAGACUGUUGGGUUUCGUCUGAAACCGCCUACCUUGAUCCAUGGCCAGGCACCAAGUACAGGUGUCCCAAACCAGAAGCCUAAGGAGCAGCAUCGCAGUGUCCUUCGCCCAGCACUCUUGCAGGCCCCACAGCCCAAGGCUUUCUCACAUUCUAGUUCCAGCAGUGGAACCAAUGGUGUAAAAAAGCCCCCAGAUUCCUCAUCUGAAGGUUUGUCUGCAUCCCAGAAUAACACUGAGGCCUCAGAAAGUGCAACAAAGGAGGCAUCAGGAACCGCAGAGAACGAAAAGGAUGCGGCUGGCAUGAGCAGCACCAACGAGGAUCAGGUAGAGGAGAAGCAGCAGCCAGCUGAAUCGGACUUUGUGUUUGGGCAGAAUGUGGAAGAACGAGCAAAGGUUGAAAGCGGAGCUCCCUCUGUAAAUACAGGUGGUGGUUCCUCUGGUUCUAAAACAGCGUCAGGAGCAACAAACUACUUCCUGCAUUACAGCAGCACCUCCAGCUCGCUGGGUCCUGCAAACAACAAAGACACAGAAGCAAAGUUUGUUUUUGGACAGAACAUGUACGAGAGAGUAUUGAGUCCCCCGAAGAGUAGUGACUCGGUUACGGAGGGUAGCAAGGAGAGUGCUGCUGGAUCGACCUCGGAGCCUUCCUCACUGGACGCCACUCCAGAGAAGCCUAGCAGUGCUGUGAUCGAGUCUUUGGAAGAGUCGGCAGCAGCUUACACCAAGGCGACAGCAAAGAAGUGUUUGUUGGAGAAGGUCGAGGUUAUAACAGGAGAGGAGGCGGAGAGCAACGUGCUGCAGAUCCAAUGCAAGCUGUUUGUUUUUGACAAGAUCACCCAGACCUGGGUGGAAAGAGGCAGAGGGCUGCUGAGAUUAAAUGAUAUGGCAUCUACAGAGGAUGGGACUUUACAAUCAAGAUUGGUUAUGCGGACACAGGGCAGCCUGAGACUAAUUCUCAACACCAAGCUUUGGUCUCAGAUGCAGAUCGACAAAGCCAGUGAAAAGAGCAUUCGAAUCACAGCCAUGGACACAGAGGACCAGGGGGUGAAGGUCUUUCUGAUAUCGGCAAGCUCGAACGACACGGGCCAGCUGUAUGCAGCCCUGCACCACCGAAUCCAGGCGCUGAGGAGCCGGGCGGAGCAGGAGCAGGAAACCAAGAGCAUUCCGGCUGAGCCCGAAGUGCCCCAGUCUAACGAGGAGGACAGCGACGAGGAUGAGAUCCUCGCCCCGGCGGGCUCCGCCACAGCCAGCGGUUCUACAGAUCCAGGAGAAUCCCAGGCUACCGGAAGCACAUAGCGCCCCCUUCACCAGUCUGCUUGCAAGGUGGCUGCUGCUGUGGCAUCUUCCUUGCAGGCACCUCAUUUUUUUAUUUUAUUCUUUUUUUGGAGGGGGAGGGGGGAUAAUUUAGAAGUCCAGCUCCAGGACAGACCCAGCACAGAUGGUUAUCAUUCAAUCUGUGCAACUCAGUUCUCUACAUUAAAGAAUCUGGAGUAGGUUACUUUUUUUUUUUUUUUUUCCCCACAGCAAAACUACGAAGACUUUACGGCUUUGGUUUGGGACUUGGAAGCUCAUCAUAUUGAUGAGUGAGAGAGGCGACGCGGUUUCCUCCUCUCCAGUAGACAUGGCACAUUUAAGACUACAGUUUUACAACGGGACCUUUAUAUUCAGUGCAAACCUCUGGGAUUUCCAAGAGGGCUUUUAAGUUUUUCUAGGAAUCUAGUCUCCUGACUAGCAGCUUGUACACACAAUUGGGACUCUCUCUUUUUGUUUUUCUUUGUUACUCCUUUGUUAAAGGUUCUAAUAUUCCGUCCCAUUGUCUGCGGAAUCAGUCUCUCCACUGAACUGCAUACAGACACACACUAGCCACCGCUGUCUGUCUGUCAGACAGUUCAGUUGGCAGCAGUAGAAAUAUACCCUGUCUUAUGUCCUGUUACAUACAAGUGUGCUCUGCUCUGAUGGGUCUACCACAGAGGUUUAGCAUAAGUGACUCCAGAAAAAAAAAAAAAAAAAACGUUUACAAAA